AUGCCAGGGCUGUGGGGGACCGUUUAUUUUCUAGGCACUGCUCAGGUUUGCGGCUUCUGGUUUUCCCGGUGGAAUUUGGACGGGGUCAUGAAUCAAACUGAUGCUCCUCGACCCCUAAACUGGACCAUCCGGAAGCUGUGCCACGCAGCCUUUCUCCCAUCUGUCAGACUUCUUAAGGCUCAGAAGUCCUGGAUAGAAAGAGCGUUUUAUAAAAGAGAAUGUGUUCACAUCAUACCCAGCACCAAAGACCCCCAUAGGUGUUGCUGCGGGCGUUUAAUAGGUCAGCAUGUCGGCCUCACUCCCAGUAUCUCAGUUCUUCAGAAUGAGAAAAAUGAAAGUCGCCUCUCCCGAAAUGACAUCCAGUCUGAGAAGUGGUCCAUCAGCAAGCACACUCAACUCAGCCCCACAGAUGCUUUUGGGACCAUUGAGUUCCAAGGAGGCGGCCAUUCCAACAAAGCCAUGUACGUACGAGUAUCUUUCGAUACAAAACCUGAUCUCCUCCUACACCUGAUGACCAAGGAAUGGCAGUUGGAGCUUCCCAAGCUUCUCAUCUCAGUUCAUGGGGGCCUACAGAACUUUGAACUCCAGCCAAAACUCAAGCAAGUCUUUGGGAAAGGUCUCAUCAAAGCAGCCAUGACAACUGGAGCAUGGAUAUUCACUGGAGGUGUUAACACAGGUGUUAUUCGUCAUGUUGGAGAUGCCUUGAAGGACCAUGCAUCUAAGUCUCGAGGGAAGAUAUGUACCAUAGGUAUCGCCCCUUGGGGAAUUGUGGAAAACCAGGAGGACCUGAUUGGAAGAGAUGUUGUCCGGCCAUAUCAGACCAUGUCCAAUCCCAUGAGCAAACUCACUGUUCUCAAUAGCAUGCAUUCUCACUUCAUUCUGGCCGACAAUGGGACCACCGGAAAGUACGGAGCAGAGGUGAAACUUAGGAGACAACUGGAAAAGCAUAUUUCACUCCAGAAGAUAAACACAAGAUGCCUGCCGUUUUUCUCUCUUGACUCCCGCUUGUUUUAUUCAUUUUGGGGUAGUUGCCAAUUAGACCCAAUUGGAAUCGGUCAAGGCGUUCCAGUGGUGGCACUCAUUGUGGAAGGAGGACCCAAUGUGAUCUCAAUUGUCUUGGAAUACCUUCGAGAUACCCCUCCCGUGCCAGUUGUUGUCUGUGAUGGGAGUGGACGGGCAUCCGACAUCCUGGCAUUUGGGCAUAAAUAUUCAGAAGAAGGCGGACUUAUAAACGAAUCUUUGAGGGACCAGCUGUUGGUGACCAUACAGAAGACUUUCACAUACACUCGAACCCAAGCUCAGCACCUGUUCAUCAUCCUCAUGGAGUGCAUGAAGAAGAAGGAAUUGAUUACGGUGUUUCGGAUGGGAUCAGAAGGACACCAGGACAUUGAUUUAGCCAUCCUGACAGCUUUGCUUAAAGGAGCCAAUGCCUCGGCCCCAGACCAACUGAGCUUAGCUUUAGCCUGGAACAGAGUCGACAUCGCCCGCAGCCAGAUCUUUAUUUAUGGGCAACAGUGGCCGGUGGGGUCUCUGGAGCAAGCCAUGUUGGAUGCCCUAGUUCUGGACAGAGUGGAUUUUGUGAAAUUGCUCAUAGAGAAUGGAGUAAGCAUGCACCGUUUUCUCACCAUCUCCAGACUAGAGGAAUUGUACAAUACGAGACAUGGGCCCUCAAACACAUUGUACCACUUGGUCAGGGAUGUCAAAAAGCGAGAAUAUCCAGGUUUCGGUUGGAUCUAUUUUAAGGGGAACCUGCCCCCAGACUACAGAAUCAGCCUGAUAGACAUCGGCCUGGUGAUCGAGUACCUGAUGGGAGGGGCUUAUCGCUGCAACUACACGCGCAAGCGCUUCCGGACGCUCUACCACAAUCUCUUUGGACCCAAGAGGCCCAAAGCCUUGAAACUGCUGGGAAUGGAGGAUGAUGUUCCCUUGAGGCGAGGAAGAAAGACAACCAAGAAGCGUGAAGAAGAGGUGGACAUUGACUUGGAUGACCCUGAGAUCAACCACUUCCCUUUCCCUUUUCAUGAGCUGAUGGUGUGGGCCGUCCUGAUGAAGCGGCAGAAGAUGGCCCUGUUCUUCUGGCAGCACGGCGAGGAGGCCAUGGCCAAGGCCUUGGUGGCCUGUAAGCUCUGCAAAGCCAUGGCCCAUGAGGCUUCCGAGAACGACAUGGUUGAUGACAUCUCCCAGGAGCUGAACCACAACUCCAGGGACUUUGGCCAGCUGGCCGUGGAGCUCCUGGACCAGUCCUACAAGCAGGAUGAGCAGCUGGCCAUGAAACUGCUGACGUAUGAGCUGAAGAACUGGAGCAACGCCACAUGCCUGCAGCUCGCGGUAGCUGCCAAGCACCGUGACUUCAUCGCACACACAUGCAGCCAGAUGUUGCUCACGGACAUGUGGAUGGGUCGGCUCCGGAUGCGCAAGAACUCAGGCCUCAAGGUAAUUCUGGGAAUUCUACUUCCUCCUUCAAUUCUCAGCUUGGAGUUCAAGAACAAAGAUGACAUGCCCUAUAUGACUCAGGCCCAGGAAAUUCACCUCCAAGAGAAGGAGCAAGAAGAACCAGAGAAGCCCACGAAGGAAAAAGACGAAGAGGACAUGGAAUUGACAGCAAUGUUGGGACGAAACAACGGGGAGUCCUCCAGGAAGAAGGAUGAAGAGGAAGUUCAGAGCAGACACCGGUUAAUCCCCCUGGGCCGAAAAAUCUAUGAAUUCUACAACGCACCCAUUGUGAAGUUCUGGUUCUACACUCUGGCGUACAUCGGAUACUUGAUGCUCUUCAACUAUAUCGUGUUAGUGAAGAUGGAGCGCUGGCCUUCCACCCAGGAAUGGAUCGUCAUUUCCUAUAUUUUCACCCUGGGAAUAGAAAAGAUGAGAGAGAUUUUGAUGUCAGAGCCAGGGAAAUUGCUACAAAAAGUAAAGGUGUGGCUGCAAGAGUACUGGAAUGUCACAGACCUCAUAGCCAUCCUUCUGUUCUCUGUUGGAAUGAUCCUUCGUCUCCAAGACCAGCCAUUCAGGAGUGACGGGAGGGUCAUCUAUUGUGUGAACAUCAUCUAUUGGUACAUUCGUCUAUUAGACAUCUUCGGCGUGAACAAGUAUUUGGGCCCAUAUGUAAUGAUGAUUGGAAAAAUGAUGAUAGACAUGAUGUACUUUGUCAUCAUCAUGCUGGUGGUGCUGAUGAGUUUUGGGGUCGCCAGGCAAGCCAUUCUGUUUCCCAACGAGGAGCCAUCAUGGAAAUUGGCCAAGAACAUCUUCUACAUGCCCUAUUGGAUGAUUUAUGGGGAAGUGUUUGCAGACCAGAUAGACCCUCCCUGUGGACAGAAUGAGACUCGAGAGGAUGGUAAAAUAAUCCAACUGCCUCCCUGCAAGACAGGAGCCUGGAUCGUGCCGGCCAUCAUGGCCUGCUACCUCCUAGUGGCAAACAUCCUGCUGGUCAACCUCCUCAUCGCUGUCUUUAACAAUACAUUUUUUGAGGUAAAAUCAAUAUCCAACCAAGUGUGGAAGUUUCAGAGGUAUCAGCUCAUCAUGACUUUCCAUGAAAGGCCCGUUCUGCCCCCACCUCUGAUCAUAUUCAGCCACAUGACCAUGAUAUUCCAGCACCUGUGUUGCCGAUGGAGAAAACACGAGAGUGACCCAGAUGAAAGGGACUAUGGCCUGAAGCUCUUCAUAACUGAUGAUGAGCUCAAGAAAGUACAUGAUUUUGAAGAGCAGUGCAUAGAGGAAUAUUUCAGAGAAAAGGAUGACCGCUUCAACUCGUCCAAUGAUGAGAGGAUACGAGUGACUUCAGAAAGGGUGGAGAACAUGUCCAUGCGGCUGGAGGAAGUCAACGAGAGAGAACACUGCAUGAGGGCCUCGCUCCAGACCGUGGACAUCCGGCUGGCACAGCUCGAGGACCUCAUCGGGCGCAUGGCUACAGCCCUGGAGCGCCUGACGGGUCUGGAGCGGGCCGAGUCCAACAAAAUCCGCUCGCGGACCUCCUCAGACUGCACAGACGCAGCCUACAUUGUCCGCCAGAGCAGCUUCAACAGCCAGGAGGGGAACACCUUCAAGCUCCAAGAGAGUAUAGAUCCUGCAGGUGAGGAGACCUUGUCCCCAACUUCUCCAACCCUAAUGCCCCGUAUGCGAAGCCAUUCUUUCUAUUCAGUCAAUAUGAAAGACAAAGGUGGGAUAGAAAAGUUGGAGAGUCUUUUUAAAGAAAGGUCCGUGAGCCUACACCGGGCUACUAGUUCCCACUCUGUAGCAAAAGAAUCCAAAGCUCCUGCAGCCCCUGCAAACACCUUGGCCAUUGUUCCUGAUUCCAGGAGACCGUCUUCAUGUAUAGACAUCUAUGUCUCUGCCAUGGAUGAGCUCCACUGUGAUAUAGACCCUCUGGACAAUUCCAUGAACAUCCUUGGGCUGGGAGAGCCAAGCUUUUCGGCUCCAGUACCUUCCACAGCUCCUUCAAGUAGUGCCUGUGCAACUCUUGCACCCACAGACAGACCUCCAAGCCGGAACAUUGAUUUCGAGGACAUCACCUCCAUGGACACUAAAUCUUUUUCUUCAGACUAUACCCACCACCCAGAAUGCCAAAACCUGUGGGACACUGACCCUCCAAUGUACCACACCAUUGAGCGUUCCAAAAGUAGCCGCUACCUAGCCACCACCCCCUUUCUUCUAGAAGAGGCCCCCAUCGUGAAAUCUCACAGCUUUAUGUUUUCUCCUUCGAGGAGCUAUUAUGCCAACAUUGGGGUGCCUGUGAAAACAGCAGAAUACACAAGUAUUACAGACUGUAUUGACACAAGGUGUGUCAAUGCCCCUCAAGUGAUUGCUGACAGAGCCACCUUCCCAGGAGGUCUUGGAGGAAAAGUGGAGGACUCAUCAUGCUGCCAUCCCGAACGAGAAGCAGAACUGAGUCACCCCAGCUCUGACAGUGAGGAGAAUGGGGCCAAGGGCCAGAGAGCCGCCAUUGCAGUACGCCCCCAGGAGGGUGAUAAUUCAGACAGAACCCUGUCCAACAACAUCACAGUUUCCAGGAUAGAGCGUGCCAACAGCUACUCAGCAGAGGAGCCAAGUGUGCCAUAUGCACACACCAGGAAGAGCUUCUCCAUCAGUGACAAACUUGACAGGCAGCGGAACGCAGCAAGCCUGAGAAAUGCCUUCCAGAGGAGUAAGUCCUCCAAGCCAGAGGGCCGAGGGGACAGUCUGUCCAUGAGGAGACUCUCCAGAACAUCCGCUUUCCACAGCUUUGAAAGCAAACACAACUAAACCUUCUAAUAAGCUUUGCAGGAGGCUCAAGAAUCCAGCCCUAAAAUUCUCCCCAAAAUUCACCUGUUCCCCUUCCUUGAAACUUAUCUGCUUUAUUCUUAGCUGAGCAAAACAAAUAUUGCCUUGGGAGGUAUUAACUCAAAGGUGACUUCUGGCCAGAGAUCAAGAAAGCAUUUGUUCUGGCCCAGUGCCAAACACGGGAUUUAAGUCAUGUUCACACUUGAUGGGUAGGGAGGGGAAAGAGGGAGAAGAAGGGUUGAGGUGAAUGUGUAUCACUAGUCACUUCAGAAAGCCAUGAGUUCUGGGAAUGAAUGGGGCUUCAAGCACUGUCCGUGCCAGGAGGCAUCUUUCCAUUUCUGACCAUUAUCAAGAGUUUUAGGAUGCAGGGCUAAAUUGCAAAAAUAAAAUAAAAUAGCCAGCAUACAAAUGAGAUAUUCUAAACUUUCAAUUCUGUUUUCUUUUC